AUGGAUUUCUCCGCACUUAUUGAGUCAAUCAACACGGCAGCUGUGACUUCUGGCCCUAGCAGCGUGAACGACAAUGAGCGCAGGGAACUGCUUCAAGCUUGUGAGAAAUUGCGGAAUGCAUACGAGACGUCUCUGGACGUUGUCUCCCGGCUGUAUUACUCUAGUCCUCAGGCGAUCGUGCUCCGACUGGGAGUUGACAAUGAAGUUAUUCGAUGCUAUGGUCGAGCUCUUAGACGAGAGCAUGGAUGGGGAAGUCAACAUUCAGCAACUUGCAGAAGAGACAGAUGCAGAACCCUGCUUCUAGCACGAAUUAUGAGAUUCUUGGCCGCCAUGGGGAUUGUCCGCGAGGUCUCUAAUGACAGUUUCACCUCAACUCUUUCGACAGCAAUGUUUAUCUCGAGCUCACCUCUUGCAGCAGUCCUGGUUCAUGGGUACUACUCACUACCUUACCGUCCUGUCAAAGCUCCCCGAUACUUCGCACAGAAAGGAUGGAAGAUCCCAGAUGAUGCGGACGAUGAUCCAUUCCAAUUCGCCAUGGGUACUCGAUCCCAUUUUUUCGACUUCCUUUCGUCAAAGCAAUACUACCAGCAAGCGUUCAAUACCACCAUGACUACCUCGUUUCGAAGGAAGGGUCAAGGCUGGUUUAUCUUCUUUCCUGUAGAUGAGAAGAUACGUGUUGAAGAUCCUAUGGCUCCUUUGUUGGUCGACAUCGGCGGCGGUAAGGGUGAGGAUAUUCUUGCCUUCCGAGACAGGUUUCCACAUUUGCUGGGAAAGCUCAUCUUACAAGACCUGUCUGUGGUUGUUGAAGGAAUCAAGGACACAAUGCCGCCAGUCGAAGCGCAAGGAUACAAUUUCUUCGACGAACGACCCGUUAAAGGAGCCAAGGCGUACUACUUGCGCACAGUCCUGCAUGGCUGGCCCAAUAAGCAAACUCUUCAGAUCCUAGGGCGAGUAUGCGAGGCUAUGAUUCCAGAGUCGUUAUUGUUGCUCAAUGAGGUUCUGGUACUGGGGAUAAAUCGAUCCUCGUCUUCUGCCGCAGUGGAUUUGGUGAUGAUGACUUCAUAUGCUGCAUUGGAGCGGACGCAGGCGCAGUUCGAGACAUUAUUGAAUGAGGCUGGAUUCAAGUUAAUCAAUGUUUGGAGGCCUGAAGGAACAAAGAUCGAGUCAUCGCAGGCAGUGCUGUUAGAGGCUCGUCUGAAGCGAUGA